AUGACUAGUAGGCGGAUUAGUGGGUUUGAUAGUACUCCUAGUUGUUCUGAUAUUGUAAGGAAAAUAAAUAGAGCUUCUUUUACUGCUUUGUGUAUAGAUGUUGGUGAAGAAGGCUCUGUCUUUACCUUAAAACUCCAUAUUGGUGGGGAUUUAGUGUGGCAUCCAAAAAUUGGUUAUAGGGAUGGAGGAGUUGAGUAUUUUGACCAUUUCAACUGUCAUGAGGAUAUUGUGAGUUUGGUUGGUGAGGUUCCACCUAACAAGGAGGUGGUUAUUUAUGUUGAACACUUAUUUGAUGAUCAAUGGGACUACGAUGUAGAGAUAUCUAGAGAAUUGGGAGAUGAUUGCUUACUAUAUGAUGAAAUAGAACAAAGUACUGACAAUGAAGUUGAGGUUGAGGUACAAGGUGAAAAUGAAUGUGAAACUGAUGGUGAAAAUGAAGUGCAAUGUGAGGAAGAGUAUCUUAUGGACACAGGGACUAGUUCUAAACAGGGUGCUGGACUAGAAGGUGAUGAAUUCCAUGAGGUUGAGUGUGAACUGUCUGAAGAGUUGUUUAGGAGUUUGGAGAAUUCAGAAGAGUCUGAUGGAGAAGUGACUGCUAUUGAUAAUGUUUUCCAACAAACUAACCUUAAUAAAGAAGGCUUUAAGUUUGAGAUUGGAAUGAUUUUCAAAUCAGCAGAUGAGUUCAAAUGGGCUGUUAAGUGUCAUGAGGCAACUAGGAGAAAAGAUAUCUACUUUAAAAAGAAUGAAGGAAGAAGAGUAAGGAUGAUUUGUAGACACAAUAACACAUGCAAUUGGAGUAUUUUUGCCUCAAGGAGCAAUCCAAGAAAUCCCUUUGCCAUUAAGACAUACACUCCAGAGCACACAUGUGGGGAUCAAGAUGAAAACAGAACAGUGAACUCUGGAUUUCUUGCCAAACUCUACAAGGAUGACUUUAAAAUUAACACUGAAUGGGGCAGAAUACAGUUUCAAGAACAUGUCAAGGCUAAGCUGAAAUGUCAGUUCAAGUUACUGAAUAGCUACUGUGAAGAAUUAAAAAGGAGCAACCCUGGAACUUCUGUCAAGAUGAAGGUUGAUGGUCAGUUUAGUGUGAAUGGAAGACCUAGAUUUGUCAGACUUUAUAUCUGUUAUGCAGCUUGCAAAGAAGGUUUUUUGAGGGGGUGUAGACCUUUUUUGGGGCUAGAUGGUUGCCAUCUAAAGGGUCCCCAGAAGGGAGGGCAGUUGUUGAGUGCUGUGGGUGUUGAUGGAUAUAACAGACUGUAUCCAAUAGCCUUUGCUAUUGUAGAAGGAGAAUUGAAGGACAGUUGGUUAUGGUUUUUGGAGCAGUUGGACAAUGAUCUUAAUAUAUCAAGUAAUCCUGGAGCUUGGACAGUGAUUUCAGACAAACAAAAGGGACUAAUACCUGCUAUUGAAGAACGGUUUCCUGGAAUGGAGCAUAGAUUCUGUGUAAGGCAUAUGCAUGCCAACUUUGUAAAGGAUGGUUUCACUGGGCAUGUACUAAAGCAAAAGCUAUGGGCAGUGUGUAAAGCAACAACAGAACCAGAAUACAAGAGGCAAAUGGAGGAGUUAAAGGCUUUAAAUGCUAAGGCUGCUGAGUGGUUAGAUGCAAGGGAUGCUAAACACUAUUGCAAGGCAUAUUUCAGCACAUUUCCUAAGACUGACCUGCUGUUGAAUAAUCUUUGUGAAUCAUGGAAUAGCACUAUCCUUAAUUUCAGAGACAAGCCUGUUCUAAGUAUGUGUGAGAAGUUAAGGAUCUACCUUAUGACUAGAAUGCAAAAAAACAGAGAAAGCAUUAAGAGUCAUACUAAGAAGAUUUGUCCUAAGAUAUGCAAGUUGCUUGAAGAGGAAAAGGAUAGGGCAUGUAGGUACAGUACUUAUAAGUCCAAUGACAACUUUUACCAAGUUGAUGAUGAGAACUUUAGGUGCUUCAAGGUGGAUUUAAUCAAUAAACAAUGCAGCUGUAGGAGAUGGGACCUCACAGGGAUCCCUUGUAGUCAUGCCAUUGCAGCUGUAAGAAAACAAAGGGAAAGCCCAGAAGACUAUGUGCACCAAUGUUACACAGUGGACAGUUAUCUCAAAGCAUAUGAGCCUGCAAUACAGCCAAUCCUAUCUUCAGAGUUGUGGCCCAAGACCAAUCUUCCAGAUCCACUUCCCCCAAAAUAUAAGGCCCAACCUGGGAGGCCUAAGAAAAAAAGAAAGAUCAACCCAAUUGAAGAAAGCAAGAAAGAUAGCACUAAACUCAAGGCAAGGAAAGUUGGGGAAGUUAAAAGGUGCAGUGUCGCUGAAAUGGAAGAGAUAGUAGCUGGAAUGGAACAGGUUGUAGCUGAAGAGGAGUUAAGGAACUCCCAGCCAUCACAAGCAGUUCAAAACCAAGCCCCUUCUCUGUCAGAAUUCAUUUCUGCACAAUUGCCAUCUGAAAGUAGUACUCCUAAUGUCAUCACAAGAUCAGGGAAAAACUAUGUAACUGUUGCAACACUACAACAAUCUAAAGCAGUCCAGAGAGAGACCAGAAAGAAGAGAACAACAGCAAAGAAGAAGUAA